GUGUUUUCCUGAUGUCUGUGAGCACCAGCCCAAGACGAUGAUGUUCAAUGCUCCAGCACGCCUCCAGAAGCAGGGAGAGAACAAAAGCACCAGAAUCCGUCUCUGGUUGCUUGUAGGCUCAAAGAGGCUGACUCUUCCCCAAGGAUAUCAGGUGCAGUGUAAGCUACAGCUAUCUGCUCAUCUGGACAAGCCUUAAUCAUGGAAAGAAAGCUCCUAAAGAAGGAAAUGAAAAAACUCCUGGGAGAUUAUAUUGGCAUCAGACUUCGGGAAAAUGAAUUUGACCCAAAAGGAAGAAGGCAACUCACCUUUCUAGAUGAUAUGGCACACUAUGACUUGGCCAUCAGUGUUGCUUUGCAAUGGCUGGAUCACUUGGAAGACUUCACUUGGCUGGAGUGGGAGAAAGUGAAAAUGCCAUUUCAUGGCAGACCCACAUAUCCAAACCGGAAAGAAAGAGAAGCAAUGAUUUUAUCAUCUUACGCUGGAAUCUUAAUGAACAGUCUCCCAGUUGAGGAAGUCUUUAAAAUGUAUGGAGCCGAUUCUUCUACCAAUUCUGGGGCCACCAAGGUUCCCCGAGCUCCACCUUUCCGCCUCUCCUUGCACCCCUUUGCCAUGUUAACGGCACCGAAAGCAGCAGAAUACGCCCGCAAACAGGGUGUCAAGUUAAGAAGGGGAGCAAACAAAAACGCCGCCAGCAGCUCUGCAAGGGAAGUAAAUGUCACAGCAUGGAAAUCAUCAAAAAAUGUAUCUUUGGACAUCCAGCCCAAGAACAAAAUCACCUUCUACGAGGACCGGGGCUUCCAGGGCCGCUGCUACGAGUGCAGCAGCGACUGCCCCAACCUGCAGCCCUAUUUCAGCCGCUGCAACUCCAUCCGCGUGGACAGCGGCUGCUGGAUGCUCUACGAGCGCCCCAACUACCAGGGCCACCAGUACUUUCUGAGACGCGGGGACUACCCAGACUACCAGCAGUGGAUGGGCCUCAGCGACUCGGUCCGCUCCUGCCGGGCCAUCCCUUACACCAGCUCUCACAGGAUAAGGCUGUACGAGAGAGAUGACUACGGAGGCCUUGUGUCCGAGCUCACUGAGGACUGCUCCUGUAUCCACGAUCGCUUCCGGCUCAGUGAGCUCCACUCCCUCCACGUGCUGGAGGGCUGCUGGGUCCUCUACGAGAUGCCCAACUACCGGGGGCGGCAGUACCUGCUGAGGCCGGGGGACUACAGGCGCUACCACGACUGGGGGGCCAUGGAUGCCAGAGUGGGCUCUCUGAGACGGGUCAUCGAUUUGUACUAGGCUGUGUGUUUCUUGUUGUGAUCCACGUCAAAAUGCAAUAAAGAUACAAAUUGUGUUCCUGGCA